AUUUUUGGUAAUUUUUAUGACCUUCUUACUCCAGUUGUACACUAAUUACCACGAGAGGGCUCUGCUGCGCCAAAACAAAAAAAUCGAGUGGAGGCGUCAAAAUUUUAAAAUUCACCACCCCUAUCGGGCAGUCGUAAGCCUUCUGAGUUGGAUCAUGUAAAAUGGUCCGGCUUUCCACCGCCUUCGCACAAUUCAUCGUGCAUAUUUGCUACUCGUGGGGGCUGCUGACUCUAUUUACUUAUCCAUUCCAUAGAAACGUGAAGAAUCAACAACACCUGCCGGUCUUUUAUGCCUUCGCCAUUGGCUACAUUUCAUCAUUUGUCGGAUUUUUCAGAUUUGCACACCCAUGGAUGGAAGUAAGACUGCAGAACGUGGACUUGAAGGUGGCGGCCCUGUCUCAGUCCCUGUUUCCUGCCCUGGUUGCCACUGAACUUGUGCUGAAGCAGUGGCCUUCAAUACUGCUACCACAGGACCACUUGAUAAGACUGACUUGCCUCUUCAUUAUUCUGAUGGCUUCUUUCUGGCUCUACGAAAACCAGUCUUCCCAGAGGCACUGGCCUAUUUUAAUGAUUGAAAAAGACACAAUCACCACCAGGAAAAUAUUCGUCGCUCUGGCACUUGCCGUCUCAAUUGUGAGUCAAAGCUUUGAUGGCAUUGUCGGAUCUGUCUUUUUGAUGCUCGACUACCUCUUUGUUGGUACUGUGGGUCUCUUCUUUGAAGUGCCAUCAAGAGACUUUCAUUCCUACUUACAAUGCUUCUGCAAUUAUCAUAUAAUUCAGGCAGUCAUUGAGUGAUUUUCCAAGAUUUGAAACGUGUAUUACAAUAUUCCAUUAUUUCAUAGACAAAGGUUCACAAAAUGUGAAGAGAUGAUGCAUUAAGCCAUCAUUUAAAUGUUUAUAAUGAAGAAUGUGAUUAGUAAUUUUAAUUAAAUGGUAAAAUCUAUACAUAUA